AUGCGGCUCCCUGACCCGACACCCUGGGCCUCCCUGGUGCUGGUGGACUUGGCCUUCCUCUGGUUACUUCAGGGAACUUUGGGGUCCCUGCUUCCCCGGGGGCUUCCAGGACUAUGGCUGGAGGGGACUCUGCGACUUGGAGGGCUGUGGGGGCUGCUGAAGCUGGGCGGAGUGCUGGGAUAUGUGGGGACACUGCUGCCCCCGCUCUGCCUGGUGACUCCCGUGUUUCUCUCCCUGAGAGCCCUGGUCGCAGGGGCCUUGAGUGCUCCCCCGGUCAGGGUGGCUUCAGCCCCUUGGAGCUGGCUGCUGGUGGGGUACGGGGCUGCAGGGCUAAGCUGGGCUGUGUGGGCCGUGCUGAGCCCUGCUGGAGCCCAGGGGCAGGAGCAGGGCCAGGAGAAGAGCAAAGGCUUGAUGUGGAGGUUGCUGCAGCUCUCCAGGCCAGAUGUGCCUUUCCUGGCUGCCGCCUUCUUCUUCCUUGCUGUUGCUGUUUUGGGUGAGACGCUUAUCACUCACUAUUCUGGUCGUGUGAUUGACAUCCUGGGAGGUGAUUUUGACCCUGAUGUCUUUGCCAGUGCGGUCUUUUUCAUGUGCCUCUUCUCCUUUGGGAGCUCGCUGUCUGCAGGCUGCCGAGGAGGUUCCUUCACCUCCAUCAUGUCCAGAAUCAACUUGCGGAUCCGGGAACAGCUUUUCUCCUCCCUGCUACGCCAGGACCUCAGUUUCUUCCAGGAGACUAAGACAGGGGAGCUGAACUCACGGCUGAGCUCGGACACCAACCUGAUGAGUUCCUGGCUUCCUUUAAAUGCCAACGUACUCUUUCGAAGCCUGGUGAAAGUGGUGGGGCUUUAUGCCUUCAUGUUCAACGUAUCGCCUCGACUCACCCUCCUCUCUCUGCUCAAUGUGCCAUUCAGAGUAGCAGCCGAGAAGGUGUAUAAUGCCCGCCAUCAGGCAGUGCUUCGGGAGAUCCAGGAUGCAGUGGCCAGGGCGGGGCAGGUGGUGCGGGAGGCUGUCGGAGGGCUGCAGACGGUGCGCAGUUUUGGGGCUGAGGAGCAUGAGGUCUGGCGCUAUAAGGAGGCCCUGGAACGAUGCCGGCAGCUGUGGUGGCGACGAGACCUGGAGCGAGGCCUGUAUGGGCUCUUAAGUAGGGUGCUGCAUUUGGGCAUGUGGGUGCUGGUAUUGAGCUGUGGGCAGCAGCAGAUCCUGGCCCAGGAGCUGACCCAGGGCCGGCUGCUCUCCUUCCUCAUUUACCAGGAGGAUAUGGAGAAACUUGUUAAGGACCUGGUGUACAUGUUUGGGGAUAUGCUGAGCAACGUGGGAGCUGCUGAGAAAGUCUUUUCCUACCUGGACCGUCAGCCAAAUCUGCCCUGCCCUGGGGAACUGGCCCCCACCACUCUGCAGGGGCUGGUGGAAUUCCAGGAUGUCUCCUUUGCAUACCCCAACCGCCCUGACCAGCCUGUGCUCAAGGGGCUGACAUUCACCCUACCUCCUGGUGAGGUGACAGCUCUUGUGGGACCCAAUGGGUCUGGGAAGAGCACGGUGGCUGCCCUGCUGCAGAAUCUGUACCAGCCCACAGGGGGAAAGGUGCUGCUGGAUGAGAAGCCCGUCUGGCAAUAUGAGCACAGCUACCUACACAGCCAGGUGGCUUCAGUUGGGCAGGAGCCUGUGUUGUUCUCUGGUUCUGUGAGGGACAACAUUACUUAUGGGCUGCAGAGCUGUGAGGAUGAUAAGGUGGUGGCCGCUGUCCAGGCUGCCCAUGCAGAUGACUUCAUACAGGAAAUGAAGGAUGGAAUAUAUACAGACAUAGGAGAGAGAGGGAGCCAGUUGGCCGCGGGGCAGAGACAACGUCUGGCCAUUGCCCGGGCUCUCGUGCGGAACCCACGGGUGCUCAUCCUGGACGAGGCCACCAGUGCCUUGGACGCGCAGUGUGAGCAGGCGCUGCAGGACUGGAACAUUCUCGGGGACCGCACGGUGCUGCUGAUCUCUCACCGGCGGGAGACUGUCCAGCGCGCCCACCGGAUCCUGGUGCUCCAUCAGGGCGAGCUGCGGGAGCUGGACCAGCUCAGGGAGGGGAAGGACCUCUAUUCCCGCCUGGUGAGCCUGGCUGGAGGACUGAGGCCCCAGGACACUGGGCCUUCUGAGGGCCAUCUCCAAGACCCAGAACAGCUCCUCCUUUCAGUCUCCCUGGGCUGAGCCCCUGGGUAGCUUCCUGAGCUGGAGGUGGAGAUUUGGAGUACAAAUGUCUCCUUUCCCCUCCUCUCCCCUUUCCUUCCCUUGUCGCACUCUGUCACUGUGGGUAGAGUGCCUGGUGUCAUCAUAGUUCACAGCAACCUCAAACCCUUGGGCUCAAGAGCUCCUCUUGCCUGAACUUCCCAACCUGUUGAUUCUGCAGGCGCCCACCACAGCGCUUGGCUAGUUUUUCUAUUUUUAGCAGAGACAGGUCUCAUGCUUGCUCAGGCUGGUCUGGACCCCCUGAGCUCAGCCAAUAUACUUGCUUCUACCUCCCAGAGUGCUGUGGUUACAGGCAAGAGCCAUGGCACUUGGUUCUACAUAUGUAUGUGCUUCAGGUCUGGUGGAGUGGGGGAUGCGGUGGAUGCUGGGGGGAACCUUACUUCCUUGAUGAAUGAGUUUUGCCUGGCGCUGAACAGGCAAAGAACAUGUCUUGUGGCAUGAUGAAUGUAUUUUAAAUAUUUUUCUUAUAAACUCUGCAUAGUCAUAUGAAAAAUUUAGAUGAUGUAGAGAAGUAGAAAGAAGAAAAGUAAAACUAUGCAUUUUUUCAUUUUCCAGAGAUAACUGUACUUAUUGUGUUGCUGGCUGUUCUCCCAGUCAUUCAUUCUUGGUGAUACAGAUUAACCAAUAUGACAUAAAUAUUCAUGAGGUUGCCUUUCUGUAUCCUUCCCAUUUGAACCAGUGUCUGAUAUUUUGGAGAAACUAGGUUAUGGAGAGACAGAGAGCAGUUCCCUAAUAAAAAAGUGUUUAUAUUAACAUGAUAAUAGCUGGUAUUUAUAGAGUAAUAUGAGUGGGAGCUAAGCUAAGCAUUUUUUUCUAUUAUCACUUUUAAUCCUUAUCUUUAAUCCUAUGAGGUUAGCUUUUAUUAUUAUCCCCAUUUAAGAUGAGGAAACUGAGGCUCAAAGAGAUUAAAUGGCUUUCCCAAAUUUGCACAGUGGUUGGAGUUUGAAACCAGGCCUGACUGCAGAGUUCACACUCUGAACCAAUGAAUUAUAUUGUAUAUUGUAAUCUCUAAUCCAUAAUCAGAUAGAGCAAAGCUCUGUUGCUUCUAGCUCUGACUAGCUCCGAGUCAAUUUUCUUCCCAAGUCCCAUCAUUACAGCCUUCAUUCAUAGUCUCAGAUGAUCUCAUCUGCAGAGAAGUUUCUCUGCCAUUAGUUCCCCUCUUCCAGCCAUUUUUCACAAAGUCAUUUUUCUUUCUGUAAGGCACAUGGGAUGAGGUGACUUCCACGGGACCCUUUGGGUGCUCUUACGCCCUUCUGCUGAGAUCCUUUUCAGAGCAAAGGAUGUCUUCCACCAGAUCUGUGUAGCCCUUUCCUGUUGCAUUUAGCUCCAGCCCCAGCAGACUUCCUGUCCUCCCCAGUACCUUUGUGUCUUUGCGUAUGGUGUUUAUCCAUCCUCCUCUCCACCCUCCAAGAGUUCUCCCAAGAUUUAAGUUGGGGUUCAAGUCUUCCAGGAAGCCUUCCUUAUUUCCUCUGUCUGGAAAAAGUGCCCUUCCCAUGUUCACCUAUCACUCCGAGGGCUUACUUCUUUUGUAGCUUUUAUUAAACUCUACCCCUUCUUUGUCCUUACUCUAGACCAGAGAUUUUCAUCUGGUGGACUGCAGCACACUGGUGUGUUGUGAGAAGAUCUUAGGUGUGCUGUAACAAUUUUUAAAAAUCAUUAAUUAAAUUACUUUUGAAAGAAGUUCAAAGCACAAUAAGUGUACAUUUCAACAUUAAAUCCUCUUUAAAUUGAUUAUAUGAGCAUAUCAUUGUUAUAAUAAAUAAACAUUUUAUUGUUA